ACUGCCCCUUCCCCCGCCACCAACCAUGGAGGCCGCCUGCCGCCGCUGCCGGAGCAGCAUCCGCGUCGCGCUCGUCGCCCUCGCCGCCGCCGUCCUGCUCGGGGCGGCGGCCGCGCUCUCUGACGCGGAGGCGUCCGACAUCGCGCGGCGGCAGAUUCUGUCCCUGCACGAGCGCAACGGCGAGCUCCCCGACGACUACGAGUUCGACAUCCACGUCGACGUCACCUUUGCCAACGAGCGCCUCCGCCGCGCGUACACCGCGCUCCAGGCCUGGCGCCACACCAUCUACUCCGACCCAAAGAACUUCACCGGCGGCUGGGUCGGAGCCGAUGUGUGCUCCUACUUCGGCGUCACGUGCGCCCAGGCCCUCGACGACCCCAAAAUCGCCGUCGUCGCGGGCGUCGACCUCAACGGCGGCGACAUCGCGGGGUACCUCCCCGCCGAGCUCGGCCUCAUGAGCGACCUCGCCUUCUUCCACAUCAACUCCAACCGCUUCUGCGGCAUCAUCCCCAAGAGCUUCAACCGCCUCGCUCUCCUCCACGAGCUCGACGUCAGCAACAACCGCUUCGUCGGCGCGUUCCCCGACGUCGUGCUGCAGAUCCCCGUGCUCAAGUACCUCGACCUCCGGUUCAAUGACUUCGACGGUGCCCUCCCGCCGCAGCUCUUCGAGAAAGACCUCGACGCCAUCUUCGUCAACAGCAACCGCUUCGUCGGCUCCAUCCCGGAGAACUUCGGCAACUCCACGGCCACGGUGGUGGUACUCGCCAACAACGCCUUCAUCGGGUGCAUCCCUCGCAGCGUCGGCCGCAUGGCCGACACGCUCGACGAGCUCGUCUUGCUCAACAACCGCCUCGACGGCUGCAUCCCGCCGGAGCUCGCCGACCUCGGCAACACCACGGUGGUGGACGUCAGUGGGAACGCGCUCGUCGGCACGCUUCCCGAGGGGCUCGUCAACAUGACCAUGCUGGAGCAGCUCGACGUGUCGAGGAACCAGCUCGCCGGCGCUGUGCUGGAGCGUGUCUGCAAGCUCCCGGCGCUCGCCAACUUCAGCUUCGCCCACAACUUCUUCAGCGUCGAGCCGGCGGCGUGCGUGCCGUCGGAGGACAAGCCCGUGGCGCUCGACGACAGCGGCAACUGCCUCGGCAGCGGACGCCCGGAGCAGAAGCCGUCGCCGGUGUGCGCGCCCGUGCUUGCACACCCCGUCGACUGCCGCACCAACGUCUGCUCGGCGGGCCCCAACCCGCCGAGGCCAACUUACACACCGUCGCCGAAGAGGCAGACGCCAUCGCCGCCCAAGACAACGCCUGUGCCGAAGCCAGAAACGCGGCCGCCGCCAAUGAAGUCUCUGCCACCGCCACCGCCACCGCCGGUGAAAUCUCCUCCUCCGCCGGCUCCGGUGAGCUCGGCAUCCCCACCAAUGGAAUCGCCUCCACCACCGGCUCCGGUGAGCUCGCCACAACCACCAGUAAAGUCACCUCCUCCUCCGGCGCCAAUUAGCUCGCCACCCCCACCAGUGAAAUCUCCUCCACCGCCGCCUCCGGUGAGUUCGCCACCACCACCCGUAAAGUCGCCUCCACCACCACCAAUCAGAUCUCCUCCACCUCCAGCACCUGUGAGCUCGCCUCCACCACCAGUGAAAUCACCACCUCCUCCUCCAGCUCAGGUGAGCUCGCCACCACCACCUGUAAAAUUACCUCCCCCACCGGCUCCAGUGCGCUCACCACCCCCACCCGUAAAAUCACCUUCCCCACCUGCUCCCAUGAGCUCACCGCCCCCACCUAUAAAAUACCCUCCACCACCAGCUCCGGUAAGCUCUCCACCACCACCGCCGGUACAAUCACCACCACCGCCGGCACUAGUGAGAUCUCCACCUCCACCAAUCAAAUCACCAACCCCACCGGCUCCGGUAAGCUCCCCACCACCACCACCAGUUCAUUCCCCACCUCCACCAACUCCCGUGAGCUCACCACCUCCCCCGGUAAAAUCUCCACCUCCACCGGCACCGAUCACCUCUCCACCCCCGCCGGUAAAAUCUUCACCGCAGCCAGCCUCGGUGAGCUCACCACCUCCACCAGUAGUCCCACCACCGCCGCCACCGGCUCCAUCACCACCUCCGCCAUCACCGGAUGUCAUCCUGCCACCGAUCAUGUCGCAGAAGUACGCUUCGCCGCCGCCGCCUCAGUUCCAAGGAUACUAAGUGGUCGACUAACUGAAGCUGAGAGAUGACCAUGACGACGAGGCGGCAAUGAUCGAUCAGCUGAUCACAGCAUGCUCUGCUGACGUGGAAGCUCUGGUGCGUGAACGGGUACCUGCAUGCGUGGGUGCAUGCGUGCGUGUAUAUGUGUAUAUGAGUAUAGGUAACGUGCGUGUAUGUAUCCACACGUGUGCACUUGUAACUUGACUGGAGAGGAGGAAUUGGGCAAAAA